GUUGAUUCCAAUGACGCCAACCUAUUAGAAUGCGUUGGAGUGAGUAGGAGCAUGUCGGAGCAUGGCGACGCGAACAAACCACAUAUCUCUAUGGGUAAAGCUCUCGGGUGUUCUAUCUAGAACUUUAAAGUUAUCACCGUUGGCGGUCUGCAGUUUCGGCCAGUUUGGGACAACAUGUCCGCCAUUCUUCGCGCAUUGGUUUCGUUUAACUCCGAUGAAGAUAGGAGCCGAGUGAACGGGAUACGUUUACGCGACGACUGUGUAUCCGUAUUAUUUGCAAGGUGCAUUUAUGUCGAUAUCACUGCCUAAUGUUAUGCGUAUAAUAAUUUAAAUUAUGAGUCAUGAUAACUAAGUUCAGUUUUGGUACGUAUUAAAACUCAAGCAAUGGCAGAGGAAGAAAGAAUACCAUCUCUUUCAGAGAAAGAUGGCACCGAUACUUCUUCCCAGUCAAAAGAUACUUAUGUUCCGGAAGAACCGACCCCAGACAUUUCAAUCUCCUUGUUAGACAUACAAAUGCCAGAAACGCCAGACAGUACCAAAAGCCAAAUAAGCGAUGGUGACACAUCGAGAUUAGAGAGCCCAAAGCCAGUUAAGCCAGUUCUUGGGAAGGUCCAGGCAAAAAAGCGGUUGAUGGCAUUUGCCAAUCAGUUUAAAACAUUAUCCAAAUCCCAGGUUAAACCAAAUCUGUCUCAGCAUUCCACAGGAGCUUUAAAGAUGAAGGAUAAAGCUGUUCAGGAUGAUACAAGUGUAAAUAAAUCAAGAAAAAAAACAGAAGAGAAAAUUCUGGCUAUUGAAGAAAUUCGAAGGGAAGAAUCUAAAAGUAAGAUGUUACUCGCUGAAGCUAUGGCAGCAGCAAGUAUGGAAGACGAGAGUCAUAACAAGAACAUAUCUGGUUUAUUUGAAAGUACAAGACAUGCGAAAGACAAAAGUAAACAUGAAAGAAUGAGUGACGAUCGUAAAAAUAAGUCAAUCGAUCGAAAGUAUUCGGAAAGGCAUCGACAUCGUGAUAAAGUUGAAAAAGACAGUUCAAAUCAAGAUGUUAAAGAUAGAAAUGGAAGUAUAGAUUGUUCCAUACGGAAAGCAUCUCAAGAUCGAGAAAAGUAUAAGAAAGAUAAAAAAAAGAAAAACCAUAAAGAUAAGCGAGACAAUAGCAAGACAAAAACAAAUCGUGACAAGAAAGAAGAAGGAAAGGACAAAAAAGAGAGUGAUAAAGAAAAGCAAGACGAGACGAGAGAAAGGAUUGAAGCAACGAAGAAUAAGAAGGAAAAUAUAAAAGAGAAACGAAAUGAUACGUUGGAAAUACAAAUCGAAAACAAAGAUAAAAGGGACAAAGAUAAAGACAAAUGGAAAGAAAAGAUGUUAUCCAAGAGUAACUCGUGGGCGGAAGUGCGAAAAUUUGGUUUAACUCUUGAUGAUGUCAUUUAUCUUAAAAGACGUGAAAAUUCAGAAAAACUUAUAAAAACCAAAUCAAUACAACAAGAUUAUACGCGCUAUUUCGAACAGAUGUUAAUGUUAAGUAAUCACCGUCUGAAACGUCAAGCGUUAAUAGCCGAGGGACUUUACGGGCCCAAAAAAUAUCCACCCGAAUCAGUCAAGUUGACGAAACGAACGAAAGGACUUCAGUUAUCAUAUUGUGAAAAUCCGCGCGUUUCUCUUCUGUUAGGAAUUUCGCAACUCCUAGAAGCUGUCACUCCUGAACGACGCGAGAAGAUACGAGAUAUAUGCGAGGCAUCUCCACCACGAAUUGACAUGGAAGACACUGUACAGCAGAAGCGUAAUUGGUAUCAGCAAAUAAAUGCGAUUGAACACCAUAAAAAUAAUACGUGGCAGAUGACCAUACAGCUUCCCAAAUCAAAGUGGGACAGCGAGGAUGAGGAAACACCUGUUAGCAUGGUGAAAGAAGUUGAAAAGUCCGCGAAUGAAUUACACGUCUCUGCGAGUCAACAAGAAAGAGGUUCCACGACUUCUAGUGUAACAGAUGAGGACAAAAUUGAUAACAUCAAAGGUGAUAACAUUAAAGAAGAUAAUAAAUCUAGUGAAAAGACCAUUGAAAAUUUGACGACGAACGACGAAGCCUCGACAUCGUCUUCUUUACAGCCUGCUGGAAAUGAAAAGUUAGCCUCAGAAUACGAACAAUUUAUGAAGAUGGUAUGCACCUCAACUGAUGUGGCAAAGGAAUAUUCUCCAAAUAGGAAUCUUGUUAAAUCUGCUUCUCCAAGUAGUUAUCAUGAAUUUAAUAUAGAAUCUAAUUUAACUGAGGCUAACACAAACAUAGAAAUUUCACCGAAAGACAAAUUUGAUAAAGAGGAUAAAUUACAAACUAUAGAAGGAUCAAUGAAAAGUACAGAAUGUGAAGAGUCCACUCAGUCAACAGACUGUCAAAUACAAGUUGAUGAAAAUAUAGUUCUACAAAUAGAACAUACAAACAAAAAUGAAGACAAAUCUGAGGAUUCUAAAUCAAUACCAAGUGACUGGGAGAAUGUUAGAAUUAAGGUUGAACGAUUGAGCGACGAGAAUACUGAAUCUAGAGAAGUGAAGAAGAAGAAACGAAAGAAAGUGAUUUCCAGCAAUUCAUCUAGUAAUACUACCUCUUCGGACUCGGAAAAGGAAAAGAAAAAGAAGAAAAGGAAACGCAAACGAAAAGUAACCAAUUCAUCUUCUUCUGAUUCAGAUAGCACGGAUAGCAAUAGCAGUAGCAGUGAUUCCAGCAGUUCAGAAGAAAGAAGAAGGAAACGGAAAAAAAAGAAAGUCGGAAAAAAAAGAAAAAAGGUGAAACGUAUCAUGCGUUUAAAGAAGAAACGAAGAAGAAAGGUGAGCGAUUCCAACAGCAGUGAUUCAGAUGAACACAUAAAAAAGCAAAAGAAGAUUAAGAAGAAGACGAUAGAGGCGAAAUCUAUUAAUAAUGGAGAUAUAAGCAAAAUAAUAUCAAAAUCUCCUGUAGCUUCGUCCUCAGAUGAAACGAAAUUAUUGCAAUCGUUGACUUCAGGAAAGAAAAUUAAAGAAGAAAUAGCAGGAGAGAACAGAAAGAAAUCUGAUCAGAUUAUAUCGGCAAAAAGAAUCAUUGAUAAUGCGAGUGUAUCUGAUAAUGAAUGCUUUAAGCAGAAAAAGGAGAGGAAAGGCAGUAAGUCUGAUGAAAGUUUCAUAGGACAAUGGGAAAUGGAUUCUGUGAUGAUAGUCCAACAAAAUGAUGAUGAUAUGUCAAGUCAAGAUCGUACUGAAGAAUCGGAAAAAAUAGAUGGUUUAGAGAAAGGUAAACAUCGAAGAAAAAGGAAGCACAAUCGAGAUAGUAUCGAGCAAGAUAAGGACAGAUCAUCUAAAGUCAAUGAAGAAAGGAUUCAUGAAGGAAGAACAAGAUCGGAUGAGGAGGUUGAAGCAAAAAGGAAGAAGAAAAGAGAAAAGGAUAACAAAAGCACUGAGUUUCUCGCAAACUGGGAAAGGGAGAGUGAACGUAUUACUCAACAAAUACAAAAUGAUGCUAAGUAUUUGAAAAAAUUAGAAAAGCAGAAGAAGCAGAGAUGGGGAGAAACAGAUUUUGACACAUUAAACGUGCCGUCGCUGACGCAACUUGAAAAAGAGGUAUAUCAAAAGCAACUUCUAGCGGAUGAAUGGGAGGUGGACAGUUUAGAGGCAAUAUCAGAUUUGAUUACAAGUAAACGAAAAAGCAGUCAGAGUUUGUCGAAAAAGGUUGAGAAAGAAGUUAAAUAUGAUAAGAAAACGGACACAUACAUUGCGAUAGAAAAGGAGAAGGAGAAUGUCAGAGAAAUGAAGAAGAGACAAGAACGUUUGUGUGCAAUAAGGAUAUGGGAGGAAGAGCAGGAAGAAGGUGAGAGAGAAGAAAUGAUGCUCCUGGAACAAAGAAGCAAGCGUAAAACAGAGAAGACGGACGAUUGGGAUAUUGAAGAGGAGUCUCACUUUCACAAGAAUAGUGAACAGGUUUGCAAAGUCAAUGACAUCGCGAUAGAGAAUGAAUGGAUUAAAACCGGCGAAGAAAAAAAUAUUAAGGAAGAAGAGAAUAAAUUAACUGUGAAGUCCGUUAAUAAACGAGUUAGAAAAAGUCGUUGGGAUAUGGGCUCUCAGUCCGAAGAAAAGCCAGAAAUUAAAGACAUAUGGGAGGAAGAAUAUACCAAGUGGUCCAAGAAGAAUAAGAGCGAACCGGAAUUUGAUAAAAUAAAAAAAAGAGACUUUCACACUGCGGAUUACUCAGAAAGUUCCAAUAAAUCUGAUCUGAUAGAUUUCUAUUAUAGAAAAUCGCAGAGUACGGAAUCAGUGGAAGGUUCGUGGACGGAAGAAGUUAGACUUAUACAGAUGAAAAAUAAUGUAUCGGUAAAACAUUUAAUUUCUGCGAAAACGAACGACGAGCAGUUUCCGUCCGUUAAAGAACAGAUAGAUCAAUUUAAAGAAAUUUCGGAAUCUAAUAUGAAAUUCAAGGAAAAGACCAUAGAACUGUACAGUCCUAGUUCUCCAGCGCUUUCUCAAAAAUCUCAUGAUGUAGAAGUAUCUAAUGAGAGCAGCUCCGGUAAUUCCGUGCUGCGUGAAAAAAAGAAAAAGGAGAUGUUGAUCACAACAGAUGAAUUAUCGAUUCCUAUGUCUGGUAUACCUUUACAGUUAACAAAACUACGUGAUACUAAACAUGCAUCGAACGAAAAAAUAGAAAAUAUUUUGGAUAAAGAACCAAAGCUGGAGGAUAAAGACUCUGCUAAUAGUUUUGACAUUAAACCCGUUGACGAUCUGUUUGACAUUUCGAUAAAUAAACCGUGUUUAAAAGUAAAUGCUUCAGGGCAUAUGGAUAUUUUUGCGGAGUUUGGAUCGGAGAAGUCACUGCAUGAAAAACAGCACGUUACGGGUAUCAACGUGAGCUCGACGAUGCAUACCAAAGAAGAUGAAAUGAAUGAAGCAAAGAACGCACUCAAACUCAUUCCCAAGCAGCUCUUGAUUCGUCGCAAUAUCAACGAGCAGGUGAAACCCAAACGUAUCUUAGAAACGCCAUUGCAGGAUCCCGCUCAGCACGCUGCGGCUCUGUUAACGAUACAGAAGAAGCUGUUGGAGUCGCACGCAUUGAAGAACGACAUUAAUGAAUACCCGAAUGAGGAACAAGCGAAUCGUUUCGAGCAGAGGUGUGAUGCAGCGAAUAAUAGUGGAAACACUGAUAACGUGUUGUUAGAUACAACUGAGUUUUCCGUGGUUUCCAAAUCAUUAUCGGUAAUAGCAACGCGAGAGUCAAGAUCCCCAGCGUCGGAGAAAGCGGUUUCUAUUCAGUCGGAACAAUCCGAGAACUACGAUAGAGAUAGCAAGAACGAUGAUGUAAAGAAAUAUAAGACUAAUCGAAAUGAUACCAAUGUAGCAUCGUCGAGCGUACGAUCUCCCAACCGGGAACACAGGAAGAGAAGUCCUGGUAAGAAGGAAAAUGUGAAACGGUAUUCGCACGAUAAAGACAAAAAAGAGAGGAAGUCUGAUGACGCGGAGAAGCCCAACAGAAGGGACACUAGAGGUCCCAAAACAGAUUUUGUAGAUAGGAGAAGAUCAAGUCCUUCAGGACGAGGAAGAAGAAGAAGGAGCGGAAGCCCGUACGUUCCGUGGGAACAACAGAGAAGCGGAAGUGGCAGUCCUGGUCAUAGCUGGAGUAGAAGUCGCAGUAAAAGUCCGAAGCGGAAAGACGAACCUACUUUGAGAGACAGAGAUAAAAAACGAGAAAGAUAUGACGACGAACGAUCAAGUAGAUCAAGAACGGAUGAGAGAAAAGAGAAAUAUGCGCGAUCUCCAUUACGCUUUGGUUACAACGAAGAUAACUUUAAAAAGCAUAGCGUCGCAUCUUUCAAGAAUAAUCGCGAUGACUGGAGUAGAAGAAGACACGAUAAUGUGGAUAGAGAUCAUGAGAAAGAUAGUAGAUUGUAUGACCCAAUGGAGAUUUUGCGAGAAAGAACUAAUAUGGAAUCUGAGAAAUAUAGGGAUAACAGAUUUCGCACAGAAGAAUUGGAUCAUACAUUUUGGCAAUGUACUGAAAGCGGCGGUAUUUUACGAGAUGGUAACGAAUCCAUGGACUCGUACACUGUUGGACAAAAUUUAUCUCUUGAAUAUGACGAUCGAAUGUAUUAUAGAGAGGGAAGUCUAGAAAGGAACGUGGCAUCGCCUCAUUUAAAAUACAGAAGAAAAUCUAAUGCGAGAAAAGACCGACAGUGGGAGAGAGACAAAGAUCUUUCGGAUUUGGACCGUCUUGUGCAUAGAUCACGGAAUCGGACACCACCGCGAUCGAGGUAUUCGCCUAUGCGUCAAGCUUCAGAAAGAUUUCGGCGAAGAUCCAGAUCUCGUUCAAGAUCUUGGUCGCCAUUAAGAUCGCGAACACGAUCUAGAUCAAGAUCAACAUCAAGAUCAAGACCGAGGUUGAGGUCGCAAUCGAAAUCGCGGAGCAGAUCUCCGUUUGAUGUAAGAUCGAGAGAGAAAUCUGGUUCUAUAUCGAGAUUAAGAAGCCCGGAACAUGCAUUCAGAAUGUCCGAAUUACAAUCUUCCAGAUCUCCUUCUCCUGGAAGAGAUAGAUUAAAGGAAAUGGGAAGAGAAAGAAAGGACAGUGAUGAGAACAAAAAGUUUAACACUUGUAGUGAAAGAGGUAGACGUAUAGAGACCAUUGUUCAAUCGGGAAUUAUAUCGGGACCGAACAUUUUAGAUCCGGAAAUGGGUAUUAACAACAGUAUGGACACAGCUACGAACUUCCAAUAUUCAAAUGAAGGCGGAAAUGAAUAUUAUUAUACAGAAAAUAAUUUGACUUAUCCUCCUUGUAUAGACGAAUCGUCCACGAGUUCUCCAAAGCGUUUAUCUCUCGAUGAUAGAUUGGAAUUAGAAUUAGGUAUUAAAAAGCAGCACAGCAAGGAUUCCACUAGUGUAGCUUCAGAAUAUCCUUCGAAUUUUAAUCCGAACGUUAUUGCAUAUUCAUCUCCUCCGCAACAACAGCAAAUAAUGUACAGACAGCAGCCUACAGUUGUACAAGUUGGAAACGUCUUACAAGUGGUUCCUGCCGAUUUCAAUGGAAUGCAAUCAGUACGUCGAGAGGUACCUGCUGUAACCCCGCCCCCACCCGUUCGAUCAGGAUCUAGUCAGGUGGUUCGCGUAGGUAACGUACUCCAAGUAGUACCCACAUCAUUAGAUUGGAGUAAUAACAGUAGCAGCGCAGGCGAUGGCGGUGGUGGUGGCGGUCAGUCUAUUACUACAGAUCAAUCAAGUGGAGUUUUAUAUUCCUCAGCGAUUUCGGCACACUCGCCCUCCGCACCCUCGGCUCCUAUGUCCGUACCUGUUCCUGUCCCGGUUCCACUGCCUGUGCCACCGGCCGCGACGAAUACUCAUCCCUCCAUCGCUAUAACGCCCGCCGCUCCACUGCCGUUAUCGUUGCCAGUACCUGUCCCUGUGCCGAUUCCAAUUCCUCCCGUAACGGCGGCGUUCUCGGCAAGGAACGAGAUUCAACAGAAGAUAGUUCAGCCUGUGUACAAUUACGAGGCUAUACUUGAGACACGUCGUAAAGAACGAGAGGAGCGUAAACGAUUACGCGAGUUACGCAGAAAAGAGAAAGAACGUAAGCGAAUAGAACGGGUUAAUCGACGAGCUCUACGAUUGCUGGAGAAGAAUAGUACGUCACGACAGUCGAGCGGGGUCUUAUUAGAUCACCAUAAGAGUGCAAUUGUCGAUCCGUCAGUUCUAAAAGCACUGAAAGAGGGAGAAGAGCAUGCUGAAUCUCCGUCGACUAAUCUCACGAAAGAAGACGAGGAGAUGACAACAUCUAUUAAAGAAGAAGAUGAAGACGCUGCCGCAGAUGAAGAAGAAGAUGAGGACGACGACGAAGUCGAAGCUGAGGCGGAGGAUGAUGAAGAAGAGGAAGAAGAAGCAGAAGACGAAGAUGAGGAUGAUGAUGAUGAUGAUGAGAAAUCGUUACAAAUAAUUAACCAGCAAAUUGAAGUCGACGAAACAAUAACAGAUGCGAAUAAAGAUCAAGUGGAAAUUGAAGCUAAGAAGGAAUGGCCAGCAUUACCACCCCCGCCAUUAAAAGGCAUUUUGGUUGUUCCGGGAUUUAGAAGAAACGCGAUUUCUAAUGGCAAUCUGGAUGAUUUGUCGGAUGCAGACGACGUUAUCAUUAAAGACAGCACCGACAAAGAUGAAGAGACAGAUAAGAAUAACGAGUGUAACAAAGAUACGGGUUCUGAUACUAAAUCCGCUAAAUCAAAUUCGGUGAAACCGAAAAAGGCAAAGAGGAUCAAAAAGUCGGUUCAGUUCGCCGACGGUGUAAAACCUGGCGAGGGGACUAGCCCUAGUGGCGGCGAGGGUGAUAUGCCCUCGCCGCCUCCUCCACAAGGAAUUUGUUUCCGUGAGGGAUUCAGCGAUUUAAGGAGGGACAAAAUUUACAGUUUCAGAAAGAGCAGAAAGGAGAAGAGAGCAAGACCGCAAAAAACCAAGAAAAAAGUCAAGGUAAAAAUAAUCAAGUUGAAGAAACCGCGUAUCACUCCGUUGACGGCUAUGAUAAUGGACGACUCCGACGAAAUGGACGACCGUUCGCCACCCCCGCCUCCACCUGGUUCUCCACCGCCACCUCAUCUCUGGCCCAGUUAUCUUUCGAUUUAUAAUACAACGGUGCGUGCGGUCGAACAAUCGCAAGCCACGACUGCAACUUUGACACCCAUACCUGUACAAGCUCCGCCACCGCCGACUCCGUUACCUCUUCUAAUUCCACCUCCGCCGUUGAAUUAUACCAUCCAACCUUGUAGUAAAUCUUAAGCUGGGACUCAUGCAACGCAUGCUCGCGCAGCGUUGAUUUUGUAAAUUUUUUAGGGCAUGUAAUUCUUUUUCUCGCGAAACAUAGUGAAAUAUUGCGCGCUGGAAUCUUGGAUGUAAAAGUGAGAAUUGUAAAUUGGUCUUAAGACUUCUUUAAUAAUGAUAAAGAGUUAAAAUGAUAGAGAAGCGAACGUGUACCAAUAAUCGAUGUUGUAAAUAUCUUUGCAAUAUAAUAAUUUCUUUUUUUUUACCAAGAGAUCGUGAUGUUAAUCUGAUAAACUUUGAUCCACUGCGUCCUAAUAAUUUUAUAUUAAUAAUCAAUUUCGUAUAUUUUCGAUCAAAAAUCAUCGAAUGUAUAAAAUGUUUCCGAGCUAAUGGUACAAUCUGAAAGAUUUCUUAGUAAAAAAUAAAAAUUUAAAAAUUAAA